AUGGAAAAGGAAACGUUGAAAUCAAUUAAAUUUACUGAUCACCCAGUUAGCCUAGAGAUCUUGAAUCAAUUGUUAAUUCCCCAUGAAACUCAGUACAUGAAAAUUGAUUCCAUGGUCCCAGGACCCGGAUCCAGUUUUUCUGCGUUUGAAGCAAUAAAAGGGAUGUAUACUAGAGGUGCGCCUGCCAUUAUGCUUGUGGGAUGUUUCUCUGUUGUUGUUGAAUUGUAUAGAGUUAUCCUAAAUCACGAGUCCGAGGUGAUGGGUUACGACAUAGAUGAUAUAUCAUUGUUUAAGUCACAUCUCUUAUCGCAGAUAGAUACAUUGGUUAGCUCGAGACCAACAGCAGUCAAUCUCUCUAAUGCUUGUAAUGAAAUCAGGGAGGUGAUCAAGUCUUUUAAAGGUUCUAACUUGAAAGAUCUCUAUAACGAAAUCCUUGGUUUCGCACGUUCUCUUUAUGAAUCGGAUUUAAGAUCUAACAUGCAAAUAGGCAGUCAUGGAAAAAGAUAUAUUUAUGACGAAUUGCUGAAGGAGAACUUUUCAGGUGACUUUGCUGUUAUGACCAUCUGUAAUACAGGCUCUCUCGCAACUUCAGGAUAUGGAACAGCUCUAGGGAUUAUCCGAGCUCUUUAUCAUGGUGAAAACGAACAAUUGCAUCUGCCCUUUAAAAUGAGUCAUGUUUACAGCUUGGAAACGAGGCCGUAUAACCAGGGUUCGCGUUUAACUGCCUAUGAGCUCAAACAUGAUGGCAUACCGUUUACUUUAAUUUCGGAUAGUAUGGCCAGCUUUUUAAUUGAGAGCUUGGCGGGUAGUUCGAAAGACCGCAAAGCAGGUUUGGAUGACUGUCCUGUGAAGUUCAUAAUAGUGGGUGCUGACAGAAUCGCCAAAAAUGGUGAUUUUGCCAACAAGAUCGGAACUUUCCAACUAGCACUAAUUGCCUCUCUCUACCCUUCGGUGAAAUUCAUAGUUGCCGCACCAACCACUACAAUUGAUCGAAAUAUUUGUUGUGGUGCCGAUAUAAAGGUUGAGUUGCGUAAAAUGGAGGAAUUUGCAGAAGUUAAAGGUGCAGAAGUGAGAAUGAAUGGUACUGUGGUGAAAGAUCCAGAAGAUGGCCAUGUUAUUUUAAAGACAGUGAGGGUAGCUCCAUCUGGCAUUGAUAUCUGGAAUCCUUCAUUUGAUGUGACACCUCACCGGCUUGUUGAUGCAAUCGUUACAGAGGAUUGCGUUUACACAAAAAGUAGCGAAGGAGUCUUUUCCCUAUAA